AUGGCACCAGAACUAUUCCACUGCCGGAGCACGGCAGAGAUAUGCUGGUCUGCCGCAGACGAACUCAAAAACUCCGUCUUCUUCUCAGCGAUUGGUGGAACUGGAAUCCGAAUUCAGCGCCCACAAGUAAAUCCCCUUUCUUUUCUUUUGCUUCUUCAAAGAAAUGGCUCAACCAUAUGGGACCCUGAUGGCAAAACAUACAUCGACUUUCUUGCUGCUUACUCUGCAGUUAAUCAGGGACAUUGCCACCCUAAGAUCAUCAAGGCAUUGCAGGAACAAGUAGAGACACUCGCUUUAAACUCAUUAGCCUUCUAUAACGAUAAGUUCCCGGUCUUUGCAGUUCGUCUUACAAACAUGUUCGGUUACGAGAUGGUUCUUCCUAUGAACACUGGCGCUGAAGGUGUCGAAACCGCCUUGAAAAUUGCAAGAAAAUGGGGUCACGAGACAAAAAAAAUUCCCAAAGAUGAGGCUAUAAUCGUCAUUUGUUGUGGUUGCUUUCAUGGUCGUAUGUUAGCAGUUAUCUCUAUGAGUUGUGACAAUCAUGCUACUCGCGGGUUCGGACCAUUGUUGCCAGGGAAUCUUAAAGUUGAUUUUGGUGAUGCCAGUUCACUUGAGAAGAUCUUUAAAGAGAAGGGAGAUAAAAUAGUUGGAUUCCUUUUUGAGCCUAUUCAAGGAGAAGCUGGAGUUGUGAUUCCUCCUGAGGGUUAUUUGAAAGCUGUUAGAGAACUCUGUACGAAACACAACGUUUUGAUGAUAGCUGAUGAAGUACAAAGCGGUUUAGCAAGAUCUGGAAAGAUGUUAGCUUGUGACUGGGAAGAUAUCCGUUCGGACAUGGUGAUACUUGGGAAAGCAUUAUGUGGAGGAGUGAUUCCAGUAAGUGCAGUGCUUACUGAUAAAGGUAUGAUGCUUCAUAUCAAACCUGGCCAACACAAAAGGUUUGCAUAA